AUGAAGAAGCUGCAGGCGGUUAAAUAACACUGCACCAAUAUUCACCCCCCACAGACCUGGUGGCUGUGUGUGUGUGUGUGUGUGUGUGUGUGUGGUGUGUGUGUGUGUGUGUGUGUGUGUGUGUGUGUGUGUGUGUGUGUGUGUGUGUGAACAGAGCAGAGAUGCGCUAGGGCUGCUGGCGCUAGGGACAGACCAUGCCUAAUAACUCAUGUCAUUACAACUGGGGAGGAAGGAGGAAUUUCUAUAUUAACCCCCACAGAUUGUUCAGCUGACAGAAUCCAUUCAGGCAUUUAAUUUCUAUAUUAACCCCCACAGAUUGUUCAGCUGACACAAUCCAUUCAGACAUUUAAUUUCUAUAUUAACCCCCACAGAUUGUUCAGCUGACAGAAUCCAUUCAGACAUUUAAUUUCUAUAUUAACCCCCCACAGAUUGUUCAGCUGACAGAAUCCAUUCAGACAUUUAAUUCUAUAUUAACCCCCACAGGUUGUUCAGCUGACAGAAUCCAUUCAGACAUUAAUUUCUAUAUUAACCCCCCACAGAUUGUUCAGCUGACAGAAUCCAUUCAGACAUUUAAUUUCUAUAUUAACCCCCACAGAUUGUUCAGCUGACAGAAUCCAUUCAGACAUUUAAUUUCUAUAUUAACCCCCACAGAUUGUUCAGCUGACAGAAUCCAUUCAGACAUUUAAUUUCUAUAUUAACCCCCACAGAUUGUUCAGCUGACAGAAUCCAUUCAGACAUUUAAUUCCUAUAUUAACCCCCACAGAUUGUUCAGCUGACAGAAUCCAUUCAGACAUUUAAUUUCUAUAUUAACCCCCCACAGAUUGUUCAGCUGACAGAAUCCAUUCAGACAUUUAAUUUCUAUAUUAACCCCCACAGAUUGUUCAGCUGACAGAAUCCAUUCAGACAUUUAAUUUCUAUAUUAACCCCCCACAGAUUGUUCAGCUGACAGAAUCCAUUCAGACAUUUAAUUUCUAUAUUAACCCCCACAGAUUGUUCAGCUGACAGAAUCCAUUCAGACAUUUAAUUUCUAUAUUAACCCCCACAGAUUGUUCAGCUGACAGAAUCCAUUCAGACAUUUAAUUUCUAUAUUAACCCCCCACAGAUUGUUCAGCUGACAGAAUCCAUUCAGACAUUUAAUUUCUAUAUUAACCCCCACAGAUUGUUCAGCUGACAGAAUCCAUUCAGACAUUUAAUUUCUAUAUUAACCCCCCACAUAUUGUUCAGCUGACAGAAUCCAUUCAGACAUUUAAUUUCUAUAUUAACCCCCCACAGAUUGUUCAGCUGACAGAAUCCAUUCAGACAUUUAAUUUCUAUAUUAACCCCCACAGAUUGUUCAGCUGACAGAAUCCAUUCAGACAUUUAAUUUCUAUAUUAACCCCCAAAGAUUGUUCAGCUGACAGAAUCCAUUCAGACAUUUAAUUUCUAUAUUAACCCCCACAGAUUGUUCAGCUGAUAGAAUCCAUUCAGACAUUUAAUUUCUAUAUUAACCCCCACAGAUUGUUCAGCUGACAGAAUCCAUUCAGACAUUUAAUUUCUAUAUUAACCCCCACAGAUUGUUCAGCUGAUAUAAUCCAUUCAGACAUUUAAUUUCUAUAUUAACAGGUUGUUCAGCUCAUAGAAUCCAUUCAGACAUUUAAUUUCUAUAUUACAGUUUUUUACAAUCACUUUGGCACUAAUUUCAGAACCUUGACGUCAUUUUUCAAAACUCUAGACACAAAACUCAAAACGGUCAUCACUUGUAACACAGGCUGUCCAAUGUUCAAAACAUUGCAUUGUGCAUUCAUAUCUUUAAAUAAAUCUUGCACUUGCACAAUCAUUGGUUCAAAAAAGAAAUGUAUUGUGAAAUACCAAUGAAACGUUAAUUUAGAUCACCCACACAAAAGCAACCGAUAGUUCCACUGUGUCAUUGUUCGUACGAUCAUUAAAUAUUGUAGUACAAAAUAGGUGAUACAUGUUUCAUUAUGGUACUAUAUGUAAAUACAUCCCUGUAAAAGUACUGCAGUAGUAGAGAGAAUACUACAGACACAGUGGAAUCAUUUAACAAAAUCUGAAAUAUAUUGAUGAAAAAUACUACAGUACUGUAAAACAUCAAAUGCAGUGUUCCUCAACUUGCUUGUACUGUAAAAAGCAAAACAUAGGAGUGAUUACUGUACUUCUACAUUUUCAUCAACUCUGUUUUGUGGAUUUGGCCACAGGUUCUCAUCUACAUCACAAUGGAUGUUUUCAUUAGCCAAACAUCUUGGAAAAAACCUUUGGCCAUGGCGAAUCCAGGCCUGACACUGGUCUGCCGUGAUGUCAUUGCAUGCAUCAUCCAUGGCCUGGAGAAGAGUGACUUGUUCAUGAGGGCGCCUAUCAUAAACCUUCCAUCUCCAUGUGGAGAAAUAUUCAUUAAUCGGGUUAAGGAAAGGAGAGUAUGGGGGUAAAUACAGGGUGGUCAAUUGUGCAUGGGCCUGAAACCAUGCUUGCACCAUAUGAGCAUGGUGGAACCUGACAUUAUCCC